GUGGACGUCGUGGACAGCGAGGCAGGGGAGGACGAGGUCGCGGCGGUAGGCAGUACGGCCAACCUCAGUUUGGCAAAGGGCAGUAUGGCGGACCUCCACAGGGCUACGGUUUUUACCCUCAGGCAGCCUAUGGUCAGUAUGGCGGACGACCUCCUACACCUCCGGGACAGUCAGGCUCUCCAUCUUUUGAGAAUAGCUUUGGUACUGUUCCUCCUCCAGUUGUUUGUCAGAUUUGUCACUCCCCAGGUCAUUCCGCUGUCACUUGUUCGUCCCGCUUUGUUCAAACCUCUAAUCCUACUUUAGGCGUGUCCACUGGUGAAUCCACAUCUGCUGUAUGGUUUCCUGACUCCGGUGCAUCUGCUCAUAUGACACCUCAUGAAGGACAACCACACGGGGAAGGUUCUUCUUCAGGGUUCCAGUGAUGGUGGCGUUUAUCCUAUUACCUUUUCUCAGCCUCUCGCACUCAGCUCUCAUGUGGCACCUGGCCCGGUAUGGCAUCGUCGUUUGGGACAUUGUGGAAGUCGUGUGUUAGAUAGGCUCAAGAAAAAUGGUUCUAUUUUAAGCACAUCUAGUUUUUCUCAUGACUGUAUUUCCUGCCGUUUAGGCAAAUCACAACAAUUACCUUUUCAGAAAGUUUUUCAUAAAUCUACCGUACCUUUAUAUUUAAUUCAUUCAGA